CACUGUGUUUGACAGAGUUUCAUGCUUGCACAGAAGCUCAGAAAAAGACCUAAAAUACCAAUUAAUCAAUGUUUCUACAGUUAAUUUGUUGAUACACGUACCAGCCAUAGAAUGGAUGGUAAUUAUAUUCCAUUUGGUGGGGGAACACCAUCCAGAGGGGGUCAGUAUGGCAGUGGAGGGGGUUCAGGCGCAGGAUGAUUACAGUCCAGGUUAUAACCCAGCAAUUAGGAACACACCUACCACUCCUGAUAAUUUCCAGUCAUAUACUGGAUCCAUAUAUGGUAAUCCACAGUCAUAUGGCGGGCAUUCUCGAAGUGGAGAAAGUACUCCAUAUGGGACACCAAGCUCCAGCGGGACAUCACGUCGAGGACGCAAAGAUGCUUCACCUGAGAGUCACCUACCAAAAGCAUACAGGACCCAAGCAAAAAGAAGUCCCAGCAGAAGCCGCAGUAGGAGUAGAAGUCGCAGUAGUUCCUCAUCAAGUUCAUCUUCUAUUGAAGAAAUCAAGCCACAACCUAGACGUCAUUCUUAUGAACCACCAAAGUACAGGACGUAUCAUCCGCCUGCUUCAGGAAAACGGAAAGUCAUCAGAAGAUCUGAUUUAGACAUGAUGACUAAGGAGUUUCUCGGACAGCUCUCAGAGAGUGGUGUUUAUGUAGGCCCAGAUGCCAUCGAGGGAAAGCUCCUGCAGCAUUACAACAUACAGAGGUUGAAUGAAUUACAAGGGAUCUACAAAGUUGAGGAUAUUCAAAGUGCAAGAGAGCAUCUAUUCUUGCUAACCAAAAUUAACACCUUCAUUUACGCCUAUGUGAAAUCCCACGCUAUAUCAACCUUGUAUGACUUGAGUGGUGCUUUACUGAAUUUUUUAGACCCUUCAGAAUCGAAGAAAGACUUUAAGGAGUUUGGGUUUGGACCUCUACAAAAGAAUCCGAUAAUAUAUGAGUUGUUUCAGUUUCCCCAUGAAGCAGAGGUGCCUCAGUUAUCUAUCCUUGAUGUCAUGGUGGAUCUGCAUAACUUAAUGAGGCGAGAAAAUUCGCAACAUAAUAGAGUGGAGAUUCCUGCUUUUAUGGAAUACCUGGUCGAGAAGUACAACACGCCAACACCAUAUGAACUGGGCAUCAAAAUCAGGAGCUUUGGACUGGCAAUUAUGUGUAUCAGAAGAGCUGCUAAAGAAGAAUGGACAAAACGCCGUGGCUUGGUGCUUCAGUUAUUUGACAGAAUCAGUUAUGACGUGGCUUCAGCAUUCCAAGACUUUAGAGACAACGUUUUCCAGUCAACUGACGUUCAACUGAAUUUCAAUUACAUCGCUAUGCAUCCAUUAGAAGUACUUGAGGACGUGCACCACCGUUAUCGCAACCUCUUGGAGUUAGCUUAUUUCACAAAUACACAUCCAGGGCAACAAAAGAUGCACAAAAAGCGCAAGCUGAUGGGGUGUGUUGACGCUUAUUUUUCAGCGGUAGCAGGGGAUCCAAUGGCUGUGAAUUUGUUCCAUUUGUCAAUCAUGUCUGGCCAGAAACAAGUUGACUUGUAUGAUGAAUACACCAAACUCGCUAAACUCACUCAACAGAAUGGAGACAAAAACGAGGAUGGAGAAAUCGAGAUCCUUGAUGAAAAGAAGUCCAAAUCUCCCCACUUAAAUACUCUUGUCACCCAGUUCAAGAAAUACCUAGCACGCUGCCUGGAGCAUGGUAAUCUUACAUUGCUGCAUUUUGCAAAGAUUGAAGAAAAACUCAUGGAUGAAUAUCAUAUGACGUCAUUUAAAAGGACUGGUUUUGGGACAUUUCUCAAUUUUGUCACAAAAAAUAUUGAGAUAAAGAAGUUGAUUGAGGAGUCAUGUGGACUGUCACUUGGUGGAGGACAGGUUGCUACAGAUUCACCAUUCAGUCCAAAGUACCAAGAAAUCUUGGCAUUUGUCAAACAAUGUGGAGUAGUUCCUUCCAAUACAACUGGGUACAACCAGGUUGAAGAAGCUUUAUGUAAACACUACUGUGUAAAAGAUGUGAAAGAUCUUCAUCACGGUGGAAUAGCACGCCUCAUGAACUCAAUGGAGAAGCAGAAAAAUGUAAAGAAAGAUGGUGUAAUUUAUGAAUCGGCCAUGUGUGUGAAGCCAACUUCUACCAGGCAAAUCACACCCAAGAAGGUUGGACUAUUCGGCCAGAUUACUAAAGAUGAUGCCCUUAUAUGUCUAAACAACUGCCCUCUAUUGGAAGAUCUGGAAGAAUGGUCCAAUUGGAAUAUUGCGUUUGAGCCAGAACUGGGAACUCUGAAGACAUUUGUGGACAAGUACUCUGGCAUCCAUGCUAUUAAGUUGCAAGAUGGUAGAAUUGCCAGCAUAGACAUUGGAGCUAUUGAAAUAAAACCAGGGGUCCUGCUAAAGAUCAUCAACAAAACAUCACCAAUGGAGUUUGCCCGAGCUCUGGAAAACUGCAGUAUUAGUUCGACAUGUGGCCACUUGGUGUCUCUUAUUGCAGUAAAUAAAGGUGUGGAGAACACCCCACUAGCUCUGUUAGCCAAUCACAUGAAGACAGGUUUACUUGGCAUUCAGUCAAAGGCAUUGAAUAGCAGAGGACCUCAUGAACAUAGUAGGGACAAAUCUAAGCAUGUUGUACAGUUUGUUUUGGAGCUACUGGGUAAACUACCUCUCACAAUAUGUCAGACUAUAGCUGAUCAGGUUAUUCUAGAGCCACUAAGUCAUGUUGUUGGCUCAACCAAAUCAAAGAUGGCCUUACUUGAAUGUGCGAAUCGACCAAAACUUCGAGGACGCCUUCAAGUAUUAGGAGCUUCACUUGGGGUCCAAGAAUGGUCUGAUAGCUUCCAAGAGAGACUAAAAGUUCCAGAGCAGAUUGUUCAGCAUGAAAAGAAAAAGGGAAACGAAGACCCGGAAGAUGGUGAAGUCGACUCUGAUGAAGAAAUGGUGUUACUGGAUGAUGAAGAUGACGAUGAAGAAACUGACGAGGAAGAAGAACAGGACAUUGAGGAGGAGGUGGAAACAAUACUUGAUGAGGAGGAUGAAAAAGAGGAGAAUGACAUUGAAAUUAUAGAUGAAGCUGAAACACCUGCACUACCAACUGCAAAGAAGAAAACUUCCAAAGCCAAAACUCCAUCAAAAGGACCUGUGGAGGUUACAAUUCCUAAACCAGAAGAUGAGGCUAAAGCAAACCAGAUGGAGGUUGCUGAUAAUACCGAAUCCAAUAAUAAGAAGAGUGAAUCUGAAAAACCAAGUCCCAUUAAAAAUGAUUCAGAUGCUGUAGCAAAGGAUGAGUCCAUCGAAGCCAAAGGAGAAAUCAUAGAAAUGACUAUAAACCCUGAAGCAUCUGUAACUGAUCAAUGCAAAGCUCUCAUAGAUACCAUUCGUCUUGAAGAAUUUGGUAUUGAUGUUGUUCUCAGUGAACACGGACAAAAAUUAAUGGUUAAACAACAAGAGAGACUGGGACGAAGUUUGGAUAGGCUCUCAAAGGAUUUAUACUCAAAGGACACCCAUUUUGUACUGGAGUUAAUCCAGAAUGCUGAUGACAACUCAUAUAGUGACACAUUGUUGACUAAUCUAAAUGAUGACUGUCCCGCAGUGAAGUUCAUAGUGAACAAUGAUUGCAUAUCUAUGUUGAACAAUGAGAAGGGAUUUCAAGAGAGGGAUAUGCGAGCUAUUUGUGAUGUUGGUAAAAGCACAAAAGGGAAACAUAAGUUUGGUUACAUUGGUCAGAAAGGAAUUGGUUUCAAAUCUGUGUUCCGAGUGACUGAUCGUCCAGAAAUUCACUCCAGUGGCUUUCACAUCUGCUUUGACACAAACAGUGGCCCCAUGGGAUUCAUCCUCCCUCAUUGGAUUGGAGGUGAAAGCCUAGAAGACAAGCAGGAAUCUAAUGAAUGGACCACAAGGAUCAAUCUUCCUCUGAAGCAGUCUGUGCAAGAGAUGAACCAGAGUCAGUCAUUGGCCGCGAGAUUCCACGACGUGCAUCCCUCGUUGCUUCUCUUCUUACAUAGACUCCGUAGUAUCAGUAUUGAGAAUAAGGUGGAAGGAUUUACAAGUUGCAUGCGGCGGAGAGACAUGGGUGAAAAUAUUAUAGAAAUAGAGCAUUCUGGGAAACGAGACAAAUGGCUUGUCCUGAAAAAAACUUUGGAUGCGUCUGAGGUUUCCCUUCAAGCAAAGUCUGGAAUUGAUGUAGAGUCAACUGAAAUUGCCCUUGCAUUCCCCCUUCAACCUGAGGGAACAGACCUGUCAAGGAGUCUGCCUUCCAAGCAGCCUGUCUUUGCCUUUUUACCACUCAGGAGCUAUGGAUUCCGCUUCGUUGUACAAGGUGACUUUGAUGUCCCAUCAUCCCGUGAAGAUGUUGAUAGAGAUAGUUCUUGGAACCAGUGGUUGAGGAGUGAGAUACAUUUACUCUUCAUAGAGUCCCUAGAUUUCUUCAAAGAGCACCCAUUGUUCAACCCAAUACAGGCAGUAUGCAGCUUCUUCCAGUUUGUCCCCUAUGAGGAUGAGAUUCUAGAUUUCUUCCGACCUGUCGCCUCCCAGAUUCUACUUCACCUUAAAGCCACACCUUGUCUGCCAACUACAGGUUUGCAAUGGAAGCUACCAUCUCAAUUGGUAACAAGCACUGAUCCUCUGGUACGGGAGGUCCUCCCAAGUGAUUUACUGCAGGAGUGUCUCAACUUGGACUACCUCCACACUGAUGUAGCUAAUGUGCUCAGCCCAGCUAUGAUGGAGUGUCUUGGUGUACAAACUCUUCAAACUCAGAGCCUCAUAGAAGUUGGGAAAGUUCUAUCUGCUAGGAUGGCCGAAGAUGGCUAUGAUAAACAAGGCAUGCACUCCUUGGCAAAAUGGUUAGUUUGUAUCUACCGAAGUUUGGAUGAGUUUUAUGACAACACAGACAUUCUGAGACAACUGCAAGCAUUCAAGAUUAUUCCCCUGCAGAAUGGAGAGGUUGCAUGUUUGAAAGAUACACCAGUCUAUUUCACCCCUAAGCAGGAUGAAGAUGCCCCAGUGGAACAUCAAGCUCUAUUUACUGUAGUAGUGUCAGAUCUGAUGAUAAUUGAUGAGAAAAUAUUUGAUGAUCUUGGCCCCGUGACUAGAUCUCAGCUUGCCAGAAUGUUGGAACUGCUCGGUCUCAAGGAUUCCACUCCUAGGGACAUCAUUAACCACCAUAUAAUACCCAUCUUCAAACAUGGUGCAUGGCAGGAGAAAGCAGAGGAGAUCCUCAUGGUAUAUGUGAUGUUUAUCAAGUACUACUACUUUGAAGACUCCAGUACAGUGAACCUUGAUGAGUUAAAGCCAAUCAUACAGAUCAUCACCAACAAGGGCCUUGUUAACCCUGCCACGGAGACCAUCCACUUCUCGACACUCUAUGGCAACAGUAACCAACUACAAGAACUUUUCCCAGGAUAUGAGUGGACAGUAUUAAGCUCAGGUUAUAUUAACAAAACACCUGGAAGUGUUCAUCAGUUACAUGAAUGGCGGGAAUUCUUCUCAAAACUAGGAAUCAUUGAUUCUUUUGCCAUCACUCCAAAUGAAGUCAGACUGGAUAGAGCAUCUUUGAAAACCUCUCAUUGGGCUGAGCUGUCAAAUACAUGGCCUGAGACAGAGGACGAAUUUAUCAUCCAUGACUACAGCUGUGAUGAGAUCAUUGCACUCGUCUCGAACAAUCAAGAAAAAGAGUCGUACAUUCACCAGAUGCGACGUCUAGUUGACAUGUUGAAUAGAGAAUGGACUACACUAUACUCGCGCUACAUUAUGACAUACGUCACAAAUAAAGAAGGAACUAAAAUAACAGACACGGAAGCUUCAUUCGCCCUCUUUUUGAAACAGUUUCCAUGGUUACCAGCUAUUAUACCCCAGAGUGAGGCUCAUCCUGGAGAAAAGGGCACAUCAGUUUCAAUGCUACUGAAACCUGGACAACUCUGGCUUGCAUUGCCUGAGAUUAAAAAACUCUUGAGUGAUCAUGUCCCAUAUCUGGAUGUUUCUUCGGUAACAGGGGAGAGCACAUUGUGUCACUUUCUGGGCAUUUCAUACAAUGUCACAGUCGAUUUUAUGAAAGAAAUGCUCAUGAAGUGGUCGCUACGGCCGGGUGAUUGCCGCAAGCCACAACUGUUCAAAACAUCUGUUGACCAUAUGAUGAAUGUCUAUAGGUUUUUACAAGAUAACCUACCCGCUAUCAAAAUUCAGGAAUUCUUUGAGGAAUGGCCAGUGAUAUUUUAUCCUCCUGCAACGGGGACAGCUGUCUCAUCCAAUCAACUUCUUGGAAAGUUUUUAUCGAAGCGUGAAGUCUACUGGUUUGAUCCCUCAGGGGUGUUCUCUAAAUAUGAACCUUUGCUAAUUGAUGGAAAUGAAAUUGAUAACAGAGCAAAAAUUGCUAUACAGCCAGUGUAUGGAAUUCUCAGAGAGUUCUUUAUGCAUACAAUUCACUUGACUGAAACCCCAUCUAUGGAUGAAUAUAUAAAACUCAUAGUACGCAUCACCGAGAAAAAACUGCCAAAUGCUGACAAAGCUGGGGCAGAUAUUCUUGCCGUUAUGUCAACGAUAGCCAACAUAUACCUCCCAGAGGAUUCUGGGAAGAUAUCUGAGGAUGUUGCGGAAACUGUGAGUGUCAUACAAGGUGCUCAGAUCCGGCAGCAGUUAGCGAGGGCAAAAGUGUUCCCAACCAAUAAGAACAGUUGGGUGUGCCUCGAUGAAACACCUCUACUCGUAGAUGAUAAAAAUUUAGAAAAAAUGUUUGGUGUUAAAGAAGGUGUCCACCUAUUAAACUUAAACCAGACAAGUGUCCCUGUGAAACGAGGUGAAAAACAAACAGAGAGUACAAAUAAAUCAUUAGACUUGUUCAUCAAGACAUGCCAAAUAAAGACACUGUCCGAAUGUGUUGAGAUCAAAUACUUGACGGAAUCAUUCUCACCUUGCCCAAGUCUGCAGGCCUAUAUGCAUCUGAUGAUGCCCCCUCUGCAGACAUUUAUGCAUGCUAACCACUCACAGGUGUACACCAGUUUGAAUGAGAAAGAUAUUGCAACUAAGUUAAAUGGGCUGCAGUUUGGACAGGUUGAAAAGCUGGAGGCUGUAUAUUCCAUCAAGCACCGACCUGACAUCAUCGUUAUACAAAAUGAGAAAUGUCGCAUCAGAGACACUGAAUUCUGUGUACAAAAGGAUCAUGUCGAGACAUAUUUUGAAAUCAACAGAGAAAUCGCUAAAUACUUUAGUGAUGAUGAUGCAACAUGUAUGCAAGAAAUAAGAAACUUCUUAGUUGAAUUGAUGCCUUCAAUCCUCCAGACCUCGCCUUGUACAAUACAGGAGGUCAUUGAUAGACAUGACCUUGACCCUUUACCAGAGUCAGAGGUCAAAUGGGAGGUCAAGCCACCAGUUAUAGAAGAGGGGGUUCCUGAAGAGGGUGAAAUUGAUGAAAAUGAGCCAGUUCGGAAAAACCGUCCAAUGACCAGCUCUGUUUCCUUCUGGCCACCUAAGGCUCCUAGUAUGGAGGGACGAGAUGGGACAGAAGCAGCCAAAAAAGACCCCAAAUUAACCCAGUGGCCACCUCGACAACCCCAAGUCGGUGAAAUGCCUAAUAAACAUAAUGAUGGAGAUAUGACAAUCAGCGAACCAGUAAUUCAAGAAAAUACAAAGGUUGGUGAAGACAUUGAAGAUGAUAGUGCUAAUGGAAACAAUACAACUACAACAAAGGAUGAGGAGUACAUCCCACUAACAAUUAACAAUGCUGAACAACAGGAAAACUUAAACAAUGCUCAAAAUCAGAAUAAACAAACAGUAAUAGAUGAAGAGUCUGAACCUGUAGAUGUGCAUCGGAAUGAUGAAACUAGGAAUUCUGAGCAUGAUAGAAAUAGAUCACAUUCUCUAGAUCAAGAAGCAUCCUCAACUCUUGCCCCUGGGGAGACCGAAAAAAGACCAUAUUCUCAAGAUCAUGAGGCAUCUAAAGGGCUUACCCCAGGAGAGAACAGGAAUCCUGAUCAUGGCAGAAAAAGACCAUAUUCUGAAGAUCAAGAGGCACCAUAUACCCUUGCCCCUGGGGAGACAACCAAUGUGGAUUUCCAACCACCCACUAAGAGAAUGCGUCAUAUGGAUGUACCAGAAUGGACUGAAGCUGGGUCUGUGGAUGUCUAUGAAGACCUUGAUCUCAAUGAAGCACAGAAAGAAGAGGCCCCUGAAGACAUAAAAGAUGUGGAGGAAGCAGAGGAACUAGCCGCUGCAAUUGGACUAUGGGGAGAAAAACUUGUACAUAAGUUCCUAUUGAGCACUUAUGAAAACACUGAUUGGACAGUUGAAUGGUGCAAUGAAGAAUCAGAGUCUGGUUGGCCAUAUGACUUUAGGAUCAUAUCAAAAAACCCAACUGAAUAUGAAGACAUUUAUAUUGAAGUGAAGGCCACCAAGGAAGAUAAGAAAAACUAUUUUGAUAUAACACAGCGGGAAGUUAUGUUUGCACACACACAGAAGCAAAAUUAUCAUCUCUAUCGGGUUUAUAAUGCAGGACAGGUGGAUAGCGUCAGACUAUGUCGUCUUCAGAACCUCUCUUCUAAAAUUCAACAAAAUCUCGUGAGGCUUUGCAUGUUUAUAUAAGUGAUUUUAAGUGAUAUAAGUGAUAAGGGGACCAGGUCAAAUAUACACCGAUUGUUUCUAUAUAUAUUUACAUUAAGAAUUUUUCAUUAAUUUGUUGAAUGAGGCUAUAGAUUAGGCCAUGUUAACACAUACAUUUUAUUCUGUAAAUCUUGAAUAUUUCCUUUUUACAAUGUGACCCCACUGAAUGAAUGGAUACAAAGCUCAUUUUUGGUAUGCUCAACAAUUAAAAGUUAAAUGUUCAUGAGCUUUCAAUUUGAAUGAGACGAAGGCAUGUUUAGGGAAAUGAGGAGGUCUAAUCAUUUGUUAAAUAAAUUUUACGAAAAGAAAAUUGACAUUAAAUGGCCUCUGAGCAAGAUUUGGUUAUGACAUGUUACUGACUGGUGCGUACAUUGCCAUGCAAUGUUUUGUUAAUUGUUAAUAAGAGUAUCUUGUUGUGUCACAGCACUUAAAGUGAAUGUAGUACAAAAAUCAUUUGACCAAAGGAAUUAUAAAUUGCAUUUCUACUGUGAUGGUUGACAGUCAACAAAAAGUCAUGGAAAAA